AUUACUUUAGGGCGUUGGUCUACGGUUUAAUAAUCAACCCUGGGUAAGCACAACAAUCCUUUCACACAAUACGGGCCAGUAGGUUUAGUCUCCGAGAUUGAAUACCACCACCAGUACUGUAUCUACGUAAAACAAUAUGUUCUGAGUAAGUCGUAAAGGGGUUGAGUGAUGACACACUUGUAAGACGACCUUUUGCCGACUGCCCCAAGCGGAAAGACGCCCGGUGACGCUUAGGUGGGUCACAGGUAAGCAGGUAGUCGACCUGGAAGUGUUUCCAGGUGAGCGAGAUCUAGAAGUGGCGACAGACACAACACGUUCGACCACCGAAGGAGCCGACAACUGGCACUGCUAGUUCAAGAAUGAAGAUCCCCAAGCCUCCGAUCGACGCAGCGUUCCUCAAGUCUUCUCUGGGGCUUCUUAAAAUCUUCCAGAUGGGCUGGAGUCUGAUAGCGUUCAUCCUGUCUGACGUGCGGAAACAUAGCGAGUGGGGCAGUAUAUCUGUCCGACAGGAGUGGGACGCAUACGAAGCCAUGUCCGCCUUCCUGUUCUUCAGCACGCUGAUGCUGUGGGUCAUCUUCCUCGCGUCUUGGCACGAAGUAGGGCCGCUGUCCGGCAUCAACUGGUUAGGACUGGACGUCUUCCAUUCAGGGUUGGGCUGUAUACUCAGCUUGAUAAACUUGAUACUAGCGUUCUCCAUCGCUACCCAGACACAUUUAGGAGAGGCGAUUCCUAUAUUCUGUGUGAUCCUGGCCGCUCUGUGCUGCUUCAAGUUCACACUGACGUCACGCCAGAGUUACAGGAAGUGGCACUCCCUCAGACCGACUCCGGUUAUACCUUACCAGGACUACCAGUACUCACGGCUAGACCAGGCAGAAGAAGACUUAUAGCUUUAGAAAUUACAUGUUAACUAAGAUUGGGAGGGUACGGAUGAGUGGUUGUAUGAGUGAGUGAGCGCGUGAGUGAGUGAGUGAGUGUGUGAGCAAGUGAGUGAAUUGGCGAGUGAGUGAAUUGUCGAGUUAGUGAGAGUGAGUGAGUGAGUGAGUGAGCGAGCGAGUAAGUGGAGACAUCAAUUCUUGUUAGGAGCUUUUAUACUUUUCCAACGUUUUUAGAAAAUCGAGAAACUCCACAUGUAAAAUGGUACGGAUUUUGUGGGCAUUGUGGAUAGGGUUAGGGCAGCUAGAGCGAGACGAAAUUACAUUGUAUGUUUUUUUAUCGAUCUCGACUGAUGUCGGAUUCAGGGAUCAUUGCACCAAGACCAUAACUCAUUAGGUAAACAGAGGACUGCACAAGAAAUAAGGUUAGCUAACGUUAGCAUAAACUGGCGACAUACCAUAGCCUACUACCAAUAUCGUAAAAUGGAUGUAGAGGAGGGUACUUAAACUGAGACGAGCGAUCGACGGGUUCAGUGUUUUACAGCUGAAGUUGUGUUUAAGGUAUUGAGCAUGACUUAUAGAAAGGUUCCGCGAUGAUACGAAUUAUUAGGUACAGUGUCUUUGCAGGGAGAGGACUGCAACAUACCGUGCUGACGAGAAAUGAGUCACUGGCUUCCAGAACUCUUAAGUAUUGUUUAUCAAUACGAGAAGUACAAAAUACAGAUCUAUGUAGUCUUCCGUACAAUAUUUCUCAGUAUUACAAAGUGCAAAGCUACAGAACGGUCA